GUGUUGAUGUGAAUGUUGCUGUUUGAAACUCUGUUGGUUUGUGAUAAAUAUUCGGAGUUUUUUUUCAGUGAGGCAUAAAAAAUGCACUGAAAUCUCAUCAAAAUGGAAUCAUUUUAUUCGACUUCCAUGGAAAUAAAGUUAAUACCCGAAACAUGACGCCAAAACGUAAGACAACUAGUUCGGAGUCAACUUCAAGCAGUAGCUCAGGUUCGUCGUCGAGCAGCUCAUCAAGUUCUGGAAGUGAAUCAAGUUCGUCCGACUCUGAAAACUCCAGUAGUUCGGCAAAUAGUCGAAAAGUUUCCGAUUCAGAUAAAGCGAAGAAGAAGAUUUCCUUAGGAGCUGCACGCCAUGGAAAAUCUAAGAAUGAAAGUAGUGGCGGGCCACAAGUGGAAAAUAAGACCAAGGAAAAGAUUCCACCGAAAAGUCGACCUGUUGUUUAUUCCUCUGAAUCAGAGGAAUCCCCGAACAAACUCAAGUCUACUAAAAGAAAAGUUCCUGUCAAACCCAAGGCCACUGCUACAGUGGCUCCGGUGAUGAAGACUCAGAAAAUUGCGAGCAAGGCACCACCGCCAAUUGGUAAAACUGGAACUGGCAACAAAGUUAUUCCAAAUAAAUCUAGCAAACCGUUAGGGAUUGUUGGUAGUACAAAACCUUCAGAAAAGAUUACUAAAAUCGCAGCGGAGCCUGUACAGAAAAAGUUGAAAAAAAAGAGUAUAUUCAGUCCUGAGAAUAGCAGUGAAAGCGACACUCCAACACCGUCUAAACCUGCUGUACUUAAGGUGGCGGGGCCAUUAAUCAAGGCAGCAAAGUCGCAGCAAUCAAAAGUGAAGGGAGGCGAGGUAAAACCUAGAGGCGUUUUAGCUAGUAGAGCUGCGUUGGUGAUAAAGCAACAGCAGCAGCAACAACAACUACAACAGCAGCAGCAGCAGCAGCAGCAGCAGCAUCAUCAGGAAAAACAGCAACACCACCACCACCACCAAAAAUCGGAAAGCUCUGCAAGCUCUAAAAGCUGUUCUGGGGGAUCAGGAUCUUCAGGUUCAACAGAGAGCAGUUCUGACUCAGAAUCUUCAGACAGCCCAACAACUCUACAACCUCAGCAUAAGAAAAAAGAACCGCCGUCAAAUAUUGCAAAUGUCUCUGCGAGUGGACCUGCUAAAAGGCCAACCGCGAAUAUUGCUGCUGUGUCGAAUCUCAGCAAACCACAAAGAGGACCAAAACGCCAAGAUCUAAUCAAAAGUGAAGAUGAAGGUGAUCUUUCCGACACGGAUAAGGAAAUAGAAAUUGGAGGUAAUGGGCCAACUAAAACAACAAACAAGGGGAAACGGAAACUGCAAACGCGGAGAGGCAGUAAACUAUUGCAGUUACAGACCAAAACCACUAGUGAUACUGAAUCUGAUACAGCUGAGAGUAAAAGGAGCACAAGCAAAUCGCCAGUGAAACGAGCAGGACCAGGUACCAGUGUUCGGCAUCAUUCAAUAGUUGGGCGAAGUGGCGGUGGGGGUGAUUGUGGCAGUCGGGGUCAGGAUACGAGAUCAUUAACGCGGACACGCAUCAGCACGAAAGAACGUGAGUGCCCUUUAGCUCUGACCUGUGAUUCUCGUGGCCAUCUUUCAGGACGAUUUGACACUCAUUUCACCCUCGAAGCUUGUCCUGUAUACCACAAUACUACACCGCAGGCCUGUGUGGAAUUUUACAAAGAGCGAAGAAAACAUGAAGAGGAAAGAAAAAAAGCUCUAUCAAGUUUGGGAAAGAAAUCGCCAAAGGGUCUGCAUCAGACCAACGAGCAGCGUAAUUAUCAGCUGAAAGUCAAGGAGAUGCGAACAAAGAUAAAAUCUGGCAGUGGUAGUGGUAAUGAGAGUGCAAGCGGAGGCGACCAUCAGGGUAUUGAAAAAGAUCGUCAGCCUAGAGUAGCCAAUCUCACUCCUGACUACGACCUCAAACUGUUUAUGGAAGCUCAAGCUAUCGCUAGCGAAAAAAUAGAGCGAGAAUUACGGGAAUUGGGUAGUGGCGAUGGUGGUGAAAGCAGUGGUCGAAGUUGCAGUGGGAAUGGCGUUGGUACCCGAUGCGUGGAGAUGGGUCGUUGGGAAAUGGAAGUUUGGUACCAAAGCCCUUACCCUGAAGAAUUUAGCAGGGCACCAAAGCUUUAUCUCUGCGAAUUCUGUCUCAGAUAUGCGAAGAGCCGUCAAGUGCUACGUCGACAUCGCGACAAAUGUUUGUGGAGGCAUCCGCCAGGGCAUGAGGUAUACAGAAAAGACAAGAUCGGGGUCUGGGAAGUGGAUGGGAAACGGUACAAACAGUACUGUCAAAACUUGUGCCUUCUCGCCAAGUUCUUCUUGGACCAUAAAACUCUGUAUUACGACGUCGAACCUUUCUUAUUUUACGUGAUGACGAUCGGUGACUCGGAGGGAUGCCACACCGUCGGAUAUUUUAGCAAGGAGAAGAACUCGUUUUUGAAUUACAACGUGUCUUGCAUACUGACACUGCCCCCCUACCAGAGACAGGGAUACGGACGGCUACUCAUCGACUUCAGUUACUUGCUCACGAGGGUAGAAAAAAAGAUCGGCUCCCCGGAAAAACCUUUGUCCGAUCUUGGACUGAUUUCGUAUCGCAGUUAUUGGAAGGACGUGCUUUUGCAAUACCUAUGCAACUUCGGCGGCAAGGAACUUUCUGUAAAAGACAUCAGCAAGGAGAUGGCGAUCGAUUCUUACGAUAUCGUGAGCACCCUGCAGGCGCUUGGGAUGAUGAAGUACUGGAAGGGUAAACACAUAAUACUCAAAAAACAGGACGUAAUCGACGACUACAAGGAGCGAGUGAAGCGGCGAGGUGCCGCCUACAAAGAAAUCGAUCCGGAGUGCCUCAAGUGGAAUCCCUUCCAGGCGCCAAAGACGCCUUCCGCCUCAAACUAGUCGCUCGCCGUUCCCCUUCGCCACAUGCCCUUUUUCAAUUGUUAACCACCAACUUUCAGGCUUCACCAGGUACGUAUACCUAUUCACUCCUUCGUUUCAAUUCGAUUUUAUCCUCAUCCCGUUUCCGGUCGCGGUCCCCACCCACUUAUAGUCCUCUUUCAACCAAAUCGUUCGGCACGAGGUCCAACCCGUUCAUAUCGGUAUGCGACACGUUUGUUCGCGGUUUUCCAAUUGACCAUGAACUUGUGUGUUCGAUGUAUAUGUAUGUACAUAUACAGACUCGAAAAAGUUCAAACUUAUACGAUAUAAAAAUGUUUUAUAUUUUAAUAAAAGAUUAUCAAACAAAA